AUGUACAGCAAUAAACAACCGAGGACCGACCGCAGUGAGGCACCGGAAACGGAGAUUAGUCCAAGUGACAAUAGCGAGGAAGAGAGUGACAGUACCGGUAGCAGCUCAAGCAGUGAACUCCAGGAAGAGGUGAUACCAGAACCAAGGCAGGAGGACCGGAGCAGCAGCCUUGACACUGAGGCAGGAAUUCACAGAAAUGGUGAUGAAGAGAGUGACAGCAGUGGCUCAAGCAGUGGCUCAAGCAGUGAACUCCAGGAAGAGGUGAUACCAGUACCACGGCAGGAGGACCACAGCCAUAGCGGAACAAGCAGCAGCCUUGACAAUGUGGAUGGAAUUCUCAGCAAUGACGAAGAUGGGAGUCUUGGAAGCGAAGGAGAUCAUGAAACCAACAGUGAACAUGAAGAAUCAGAUUACGAUGAUGAGGAAGUUGAUCUCAUUGGGAAUUUGCUACAAGAUCCCUUGUGUCACCAGCACAGUACUAUGAUGCUCACCCAGGAAGAGCAGAGAUGGGCUUUGCAAUUGAAGGAGGCUGUGGUGAAUCGACCUGAUCUUGAUGAAGAAAAUGACAUGUGGCUAGCACAAUACGCCAUUGUUACUGAAGGAGAUAUCUCAAAUGCGCUCAAGAGAAUAGCCAGAAUACAGGCCUUUCAAAAGCAAUACGGUGUUAACAAUUCGGUGGAACAGGGGCUUGAAAUGCUUUCAAAGCUGUUUCAACUCUUUCCAGGAGGCCUUCUUUGUCUGGAUGUUGAUCCAGUAAAAAAUGAGGGUCUCCAUGUCAUGAAUAAUGGGAAACACAACUACAUAGCCGCUAUGGAAUCGGAGGAAAACUGGAGAAGUUGCAUGGUAGGAUGCUACUACUAUUUCCUUGUGUGCCAGCCAACUCUGGCAACCAUCCGAAAUGGUCACCAGACCAUGGGUGAUUUUGGCAGCUUUGAUUGGGACAAUCUAAAACUGGAAUUCUGCUAUCAGUUCAAUUUGGAAAUGGGGGAACUUUAUCCUAUUACCUUCACCAAGUUCUUGGCCUUCAACACAGGGACUCUUGCAAACAUGUUCUGGUCCCUUGUUAAAAACGUGUAUUCCAAGGCCCUCAUAUCCAAACUACAAUUGGGCUGCCGUGUUCCCCUUGGGGAGGAAGAUGAAGUGCCCCGAUCCUUGUCAGACAUUUACCUUCAGCCUUCUCUGGAGGAGACAAACAAACGGAUGCUGGUUAGAGCCAGACAGCUCUUUACACUUCGGGCUAGGAAUGAAGCAAAUUUCCGAUUGCAUCAAUCCAUCAGAGAAUCCCCAAGCUAGCUAGAUAAUAUGCAAUCAGCAGAGCUGCUAACUUGAGCUAUAUCUGCGGUCGAGUGAAAUGCAGAUAGAAGAUUGAUUGGGUUGUUGCUUGAGUGCCAUUGAAGAAUGUUUCAAGUGGAGUUGUUGUUGGACAACGACCAGUAACGCUACUUAUUUGGUUGGCUCUGCACCUGUGAACGCACAAAUGUGGUUGAAAAGUAAGGAUUGAGGUCGCUAUUUAUAUCUCAGGCUCGUUUCUCAUUGGUGAGCUUGUGGGCGAUGGCGCUCUUCCUUGGGGAAGGAUUUGCCCGCUCCUUUCCUUCGGGGGCUCUGAUUGGUGAAUUGUCAAUGGUGGCUAUGUUCUGUUGAGCUGCCUGAUGUGACCUUGCUCCAACCAAUUGAGUCAUGCAGCUUAUAAAGUCAUUGGCGUUUUCUCACGAACAAACAUCAAUGUUCCAGGCAACAGGGUAUCCAGCGUCUAGCAGAGCCUUCUUGACACGCUUGCCGUGUUCGGUACCUUGCAACUCCACGACACACUUGACUUGUACUUGAUCUACAUGAGUAUGGAGCCAAGCUCGUUCAUGGUAAAUAUCCUUGAUACUGGCUCCUUCCUUGCUCAGCAACGCAGUGAAGUUUGCAAUGCCCCCGGGUCUAUCCGAAACAGUCACAUAGAAGUUGCAAAGUCGAUUGUCGGCGGACAAACCUCUAUCGAUCACCCUUCCUAGUACGGUUGUGUCGAUGUUUCCACCACAAAGUGGCACGAUGAUGUUCUUACCCUUUAGGUCAGCCCGAUCCAAAGCCCCGCCAGGAAGAAGGGCAGCCAAGCCUGCCGCACCUCCGCCUUCAACGACCAUCUUUUCGUUUUCAAUGAGCCGAAGCACAGCCAGGGAGAUUUGCUUUUCGUUGGUGAGAACGCAUUCAUCCACAUAGUGCUUUGCUACCUCAAAGGCAUGCGCCCCCACGACGGGUACGGCCAAACCAUCGGCAAGUGUUGGUGUGACUUGCGCGGGCACUGGUUUGCCAGCCUUGAUUGCUGCUGUGUACGAGGCAGCAUACUCAGGCUCGACUCCAAUGACCUACAAGUGUUUGUAAGAAAGCAACAAGGAAACAUGAGGAGAUACGGGGAACCUAGCUGCUAUACGAUCUUGAUCCAACGUACUUUGCAUUCGGGUUUCAAUGUUUUCACAGCACAGGAUAUACCAGCAAUGAGCCCCGCACCUCCUACCGGCACCACAACUGCAUCUACAUCGGGCACGUCAUCAACCAUUUCAAUUCCGAUGGUUCUGCGAGAAGGGGAGGGGUUGCGAACAAGGUGCCUAUCAGCGUGAACACAUCAAAUGCUGUUCACAUAUCAUCCUCCAUGCAGAUACUUACCCAGCACCAGCGCAAAUUUCAGGAUCAUCAUAGCCAUUUAUGUAGGUUAGCCCUUUCAAGUAAAAGAGACGUUGAGUACAAUGUGAAAUCGAUCGACACAGCAACCGUCCAUUUCUCGCACCUUCGUUUUGGACAACAGAUUCAGCGUAGGUCUUGGAUUCUCCAAUAUGGGCUCCCUCAAUUAUGAUGCGAGCGCCGAAUUUCUGUUCCAGUGCCAAGCAGAGUUUAAAAAGAGGAGAGUUUUCGGGAUGAGCUGCUGUGCUUUUCAUUUGACGACACAUUCAGCCGAAGACAGGCCUCAUGGCUCAUGACCCCAAUAAUAAAAGUGUAGAAUGGCACUUACUCGGCAUUUGUCAACCUUCGAUAAUGGAGCCACUGUUGGCAUGACCACCGUCACCGGUACAUUGAGACUUUGCCCAUGAUAAGCCAAUGCCAAGGCAUGAUUCCCAGCGGAGGCCGCGAUGACGCCCUUGAUCUUGUCUCCGCCUGCCUUUCGCUUGAGCUGGAGGAUGGCAUUGCGAGCCCCUCGUUCUUUGAAGGAACCUGUGAAUUGGCGGAACUCUGGCUUGAGAUAGAUAUUAGCUCCAACUAGCUCUGAUAGAAAGAAGCUCUUUUCGCAUUGGGUCCUCACAAUUCCGUCUCGAAUAGCAACAUGAGCUCGGCUAAUGUCGGCAAAGCUGAUGGGCAAAUCUGCAGAGGGAUCAUCGCGUCUCUUCUUGACUAUACUACCAUUGCCAUCAUCGUUUUUUUCAGUGGCUGGCCCCUUUGGUUUGGUUUGUUUUUUGGACUCAUGUUCAACAGAGAAGCAUCGAAACUGUUGACACAUGGGAGACACAGCCGGCUGGGAGAAACGAGCCGAAAAGGGUACAACAGCCCGCCUUCCCCGAAGCAAACACCUCGAAAACAUCUUCCUCUUCACAACAACUGCUCGAGACUGGCUAGCUUGCUAGAGUGGCGAGUCUUCUGUUGCUCGAGGACAAGUUAUCAACAAUGGGAGUACAAUGAAAAAGAUAUCAAGGCGCCCAGCAAUAAUAACGACGAGUGGAGUGGAGUCAAAGAACAGAAGAAGAAAUGCAUUCCCAAAGGAUCCAGGUUCCCAAAGGAUCCAGGUUCCGUCAAAGAUCGCGUUGAAGUGAC